UGGCUGCUGCUACAUCCUGUCUUUUCAGGCCUCGCUAGCAGAUGCUAUUUUAAACCCCGCUUCCGUCGUGAGCACUGGAUUAACAAGAACAUCGUAGAAAAGGCGCAAGUCACGAAUAAGAUACGUGGCUUUGGGCGGCCGUUUCAGUGAAGGAAUGCGAUGAGCAUGAAUAGUAGACACGGAUAAGAAAGCCGUUAGCUGCUGCUAAGUGGGCUAAGCCUGCGGCUACUGUUGAGAACAGUUCUCCUGUGGGAUUAUUAACACUCACAUCCAAGAAUAAAGUCAGGGGUGAAAACAGCUCUGUGUCCCCAGGAUGCACAAGGGAUGGACGUUUGGACGCCAUUUCUAAUGCUGACUUUGCUGUAUUGUCUGGGAUGGAUCACAACAACCCAGAGAUACUGAAAGAUCCUGGUGGAGGGCCUGGCCUGACAGCAGAUUUGGAGAAUUCGGAGUCAUUCUGUCCAGAACAGGAGCAGAGGAGAUGCAGCUCCUGCUUGGUGACAGAGGAGCUGACCACUGAUGGAUCCUGGUCACAGAGGUCCAUCUCCCGUUCCCUGCAGCGAGCUGAGACUUUACUCAGGAGCACCUUUAAUCCCAGUCUGAAGUGGCUGUUCCAUGGCCGCAGUCAAGAUGAGGAAGAGGAAGAGGGAAAUUUUGUUGUCGCCCACAACCUGGUGUCCCGGUCCUCUGCACGUCUCCUGCGUCUGCAACAAGCUCUUCUGACUGUGGCACCCCAGUGGCAGCCGGUCGGCGGGGCACAGAUUGGAUCUCCCCAGGUCUGUGUUAAAGGCCUCCCAGCAGAUGAUGGUGUUCUCCUCCUGCCUUCCUCCUCCUUCCUGCAGGCGAACUACAGAGCUUUGUGGAGGCUCCUGGAGCAGCGAUCCCUGCUGCUCUUCAUACACGAGUACACCAGGAGGACUCGCCUAACAGCAGCAUACAUAUCCAGAGUGAGACACCUGCUGGAGGAUCAGCUGAAGAAAUCACACCUGUCACUUAACCAGACCCCGUCCAGCUGCUCUUCAUUCAGGGUUGGUCUUGGCUCACUGAGCCAGGAGCUCCGGAUCCAUCUCAACCACUGGUCUUGUCUGUUCUCCAAAGUCCAGUCUGACCGCUAUCUGAGACCUGCUCUGGUCCAGCAGACCAGGCUGCUGGUGGAAAUCAAACAGACUCUGGACUUACUUGGUCUGCAGGCGCUUGUUUUGAUGGAACAUUAUGUGUAUGUCAUUCUGUCUGCUGUAGUCCAGACUGAAUUAGACUCUGUACCAAGAGAAGUCCUGGAGGAUAUCUUAGCUGGUACAGACCUGUAUAAUCAGGUGGUGGGGGAGCAGAGAGCGCAGCACAGCGCCACCCAGCUGAGGACUGCAGUAUUACAGCAGGCACAUUAUUCCACACUGGAUUCUAGUCUUCCAAACAGCAAAGGCCAUCACCCUGCUGCCUUCUCAGUCAAAGAGCUGAUGAGGGUUUUAGCAGUGCAUCAUGCAGACAUGGCAGCCAAGCGGCUGCACUGCUGGGCCUCUGAGCAGAGCUAUCACAUAUGUCAGGUCCACACCAACCAUGAGGCCUAUGCAGGCUCUGAUAACUCUGUUAGUCAGGUGGCCAGGGUCCGCUGUGGGACCUCCGCACUGAGAUCUGAGUGGACCUGGGAACAGCUGCAGCAAACCUACCUUAAUUCCUCUCCUCUCUUCUCUAUUAAUCAUCACCCCCCUCUGCACACAUCUUCUCGUCACACCUGCCAUAAAUCUCCUCCUGUUUACAUCCCUGACCUUCAUCUGGACAGUGCUAUCUUGGAAAACCACCAUCCUGUAUUAACCAAGCCCACCUUUGUCCAACAUAGAACAGAGGGCUCUAACAAAGACCAAACCAGCCAGUGCCAAACAUACAUAUCCCAGACUGGUCUAUCCCAGACCAGUGUGGAAGCUUUGGUAUCAGUCCAACCAAAUCUAGAAACCUGUAAACUAUUGCAGACCAUUUCAUCCCCUUCAGCCACCUUCCACCAUCUCUCAGCCCUGCCUCUGUCAGGGGUUUGCGAACAGGACCAUUCCUCAGUAGAGGUACUUUUUCAGCUGCUAGUUUCCUCCAAUGACCUGCUUGCUCCACUGGCAUCACAUACACCUACACCAGAGGCACCGACUGAAAGACUGCCCCCAAAUACAAUAACAGAUGUGUUAUCACCAAAUGGAAAGACUGACCCAAUGAUUUCAACUCCAAUCAUAAAUACAGCUGAUUCAGUGGAAUUGAAUACACUGAGUACAGGACUGAACACGGACCAAAAUGUGGAAGAAACUCAGCAGGAAUGGGCUGAACUGGAAAUAACAGCCAGGCCAGAAGCCACUGUCAGCUCGGGCUUUCAGAGGGAUGGAGACCCAGAGAAAGAGGAGACGGUGAGAGCGGUGGAGCCAGACGGUCUUCGCUGGCCUCACUCCGUACAGUGGUUGGACCUCGGUCAGUCGCUGGUGUUUGCUGAUCUGUUUGGACAGUACCGCACCCUGCUGUGGACUCUCUGCAGCAAAGCCCUGUGGCUGCAGCUCCAUGUGCCACACGCAGGAGACACUGCAGGAAGCAUCAACCUCCAAGACAACCACAGGGGGCUCCAAAUCCUGCACAGGAUCAGUCAAGCUUCAAAGACAGAUCUGGUUCCAAAGGAGUGCAGAACCAUGCUGGAGGACUUCAGUCUGUAUCUGUUAGCCAUUACAGCACAUGCUCAGUGGGACUAUGUGGUGUGCAGAAGUUUAGGUUCAGCUCUGAAAGACAAGUGUCUCACAGAUGUAAAUCAAGGCAGCAACUGUGUGACGCCAUCGUCUGAGCAAGAUGGAAGUGUGAUGAUGUCAGUGACCAUGGAGCACUUCCUACUGCUGCCGCCUCCUCUGCUGUCCUCUCUGUGCUGUCCCCCCUCAGACAGCAGGGCCUUAGGGUCCUGUAGCCUCGUCCCCUCCAGGCUCACUCUCCAGAGACAGACUGUUAGCUUGGCAUUAGCCACAGUGCAGCUGUCUACAGUCUGGGUCAUGUCCAAGGCUUACCAGUUCCUCUCCUCGUGGAGCCUCAACAAGUUCCUGCUUCUCACACAUGGAGACCUCAAAGUGCUGAGGGAGUCAUUAGAGACGAUGGUGCAUCAGACUAAGUCCCUGAUGAUGAAUUCAGACCGUGAGCAUCAUUCCACUCUUCACAACCACAACCAGCUUCUGCUGAGGCAGCAACUGGAAGCACUCGACAGGGCUGUAUGCAAGCUGCAGACCUUCUCUUGCCUGGUGCUGAAGACCUUCUCCAGUGACUGCAAGAGGAUGUCAGGGGAGAUCUUUGAACAGACCAUGCCUUCUUCUGUACACUGGAGACCCAGCCUCAGGACAGGUUUUCCCAGCAGUCCCAGUGAGUAUGCAUCUCUGGCAGCUCAGACUGUGAUUGGUCAGGUUUUAGAGGGUGUGGCACCAUUGUCUGAUGAUGCCCGUGUCCAAGCACUGAGUAUAACAAUGACAGCUUUCAUGGAGGCAUGGAUGGAACACAUCCUGAAACAGAAGAUCAAAUUCAGUGUGCAGGGAGCUCUCCAGCUGAAGCAGGACUUUGAUUCUAUCCGAGAGUUGAUCCAGUCAGACAAAUAUGGUCUGUCAGCGGAACUCCACCAACGACUGCUCAGCCUCCGGGUUUUUCAGCAAGUGGACUCAGCAGUGGUGUGUCUGCUCCAGCAGCCGCAGGCCAAACCAUACCUGCAGUCCAGAGCCUGGGAGCCUUUCACACGCUGCUGUCCAGCCAGCAGCAGCAGAGACAGCAUUGAUGCAGUGGUGGGGAGCAGUAUAACCAACCUGAGGUGUAUGGAGGAUGAGGACCUGCCUCAGUCUGAUCCCUCAGUUGUGACCACUGACCUCCCUCCAGUGGACCCAUCCAACCCCAGAGAGCCCUACCUCGCUCCAAGUCUAGCUCUGGGUGCUGCUCAGCAGGAAUGGCUGGACCUGAGGAUCCACAGCAGCGCUCGUCGUUGGAGGCUGCCGGGACUGCAGUGUCUCUCCAAGUCUGAACCCUGAACACCCAGACCCUGCAGAGAUCUGACACACACACACUCCACAUGAAUCUCUCCGGCUCCUUCCUUUACACAAACACGGUGUAAAGGAAAUAUCCAGGACAAACAAAAAAAGGUUGUAUUCUUGUUGUUUAGACACAUAUUUGUUUGACCACUUGUCAACAAACAUAUUUUUAUAUUCCGGAAUAAAAUCAUUUUUUUAUUCAUAUGUUUCAUCAUCAUGGCUUCAUGAUAAAAAUGUUUGUUCUGCACACACAGUCUGUUUUGUGUAUAUGGUGCCUUCCAUACGUUGCUGUAUGGCAAUGGAUUCAAGUGGAAUUUGUCUGUUAAUGGUCUCUAUAAAAUGCGCCAUGAUAACAAAUAGUUUUGCAGCUUUGCUGCAGUGUUGGUCAACAACUCUUUUGUCUGUUACUGAAUAGUACAAGCUCCCAAAAGUUUAAUAAGGCAACUCUUUGACCAGCAAGGUGUUCCUCAGGUAAAAGGAAAGGAAAAAUGGCUUUUAUGUACAGACAAAAACAACAACUUUGCCUACAAUUAGGAGAUCACAUGAUACAAACUCCCAUAUUCCAAAAGAGAUUCUUGGUGCAUCCUUCUCGUGGCUGGUCUCAGACUUGACCGUGUGGGUGCAGCCUAAAAAAGCCCUAUUGAGGAGUGACUGGCUGCUGGCAUCUGACUCAGAGUCAACAGAUGAGGUGGACACCCAGGUUCUGUAACUCACUGGCUCUGAGAAAGUCCAAACAUCUCCUAGGGGUGCUGAUCUGUAGAAAAAAACCCUUCUCUAAUAUUAAACCUUUUGGAACCCAUGGUCUGAAUGUGGAUUUAAACAAACAUAAUCCUCUUUACCCUUUUUCAAUUCAAUUCACUUCAGUUUUAUAAGUUAUCUCAUUGCACUUUUCCUACAGAGCAGGUCUAGACCGUAAUCUUUAUAAUAUUACUUACUGAGACCCAUUUAUUUUUGGCUUAAAGCUUUGAGUAACAACAUGUUAUUUAGUAUAAAAAAGCCAUGAAAAAUAACAAUGAAAAAUAUAGAAAGAUAAACCCCUUAUAAAAAACUAAGUUCCCAAAAUAAUCUAUAAAGAUAAAGAAAUAUAACAAAGAAAUGCCUUUAUGUAUACUUUUUUUGGCAGUGUAAAAACAAAGUGGUUUUAUUGACUGACAGAUUGGUCGCAUCAAACGGAAGUGCUGAUUCAGUAAUAAAUUUAGUCAAAAAUGGAAACAAACUUAAAUCACAGUGGGGCAUCCAAACUGAUGACAUUUGAUCACUGCAGUUUGAUAUCUGAACAAAGUGGCUUGCACCGUACAAACCAUCCUAAUCAUUCUUUUAGGUGUUGUCCUUGUUAUGUCGUGUCCCUGUGUGUACUGUUCCUUUAUGCUGCACUCUAAAUCCUGACUGAAAAUCCUCAAAUAAACUAUUGUUGUUUAGAAAGUCA